AUGGGAUCGCCGGAUUCUGGAAAUGAAUCCAAGACCAAAGAGAAUAUCCCGCAAAUAACUUCCUCAGAAAAGAUGCCGCUGAAGCUUAUUGACCAGGAUGGUACAAUGCUUGUGUUCAAUGUCAAGCCGGCUACAACAUUCAAGAAGAUACUCGAUGCCUUUUCUUCCAAUGUCGGGAAGAACAGCUCGGAGUUCCGUCUAUUGUUUAAUGGAAAGAAUAUCGAUCCUGGGAAAACCCCAGGCGACCUCGGCUUUGAGGGCAAUGAAGAACUCGAAGUGGUAACAUCACAAGUAGGGGGAUAG